CUUUGUUGAAGAAUAAAUUCCAUAUUUAAAAGAAUUAAGAGGAUCUUUUUAUCUGUUAACCAGGAGGAAGCAGUCAACCAGCCAUUAUGAGAACUGUCAAUAUAAGUAAUAAAAUAUUUGAUAGUCUUGCAGACACAGCAAUCCUUCUUCUUCACCUUCUCUCUCCUUCCUUCUGUAUGCACAGGUCUCGCUUUAACUUUUAUUUUGGAAAACAACUUUAAGCCAGAUGCAGGUUCAAGACCUGGAGUCCCCAAAAUUGGCAUAUUGAUCACUGAUGGGAAAUCCCAAGACGAUGUCAUUCCACCUGCAAAAAGCCUGAGAGAUGCUGGUAUCGAACUGUUUGCCAUAGGUGUAAAGAAUGCUGAUGAAAACGAACUGAAGGAAAUUGCUUCUGAACCACACAGCACUCACGUCUACAAUGUUGCUGACUUCAGUUUAAUGAACUCCAUUGUGGAAGAACUUACAAAGACUGUGUGCAUGAGAGUUGAAGAACAAGAGAAAGAAAUCAAAGGGUCAUUGGUUGCCGCGCUUGGAGCACCUACAGAUUUGGUCACAUCUGAAGUGACAGCCAGAGGGUUCCGUGUGAGUUGGACUCAUGCACCGGGCAAAGUGGAAAAGUACCGAGUGGUCUAUUAUCCCACCAAAGGAGGGCAACCAGAAGAGGUGGUGGUAGAUGGAACAGUUUCAACAGCAAUACUGAAAAACUUGAUGUCUUUAACCGAAUAUCAGAUUGCUGUGUUUGCCAUCUAUGUUAGUUCUGCCAGUGAAGGUCUCCGGGGUACUGAGACGACACUUGCGUUACCAAUGGCAUCUGAUUUGGAGUUGUAUAAUGCCUCGCACAACAGUAUGAAAGUAAAGUGGAAGGCAGUAGCUGGUGCAACUGGCUAUAUGAUUCUGUAUGCGCCCCUCAUUGAUGGCUUAGCAGCAGAGGAAAAGGAGAUGAAAAUUGGAGUGAGCGCCACACAUGUUGAACUUGAGGGUCUGCUACCCAACACAGACUAUACAGUCACCGUUUAUGCAAUGUUUGGAGAAGAAGCCAGUGAUCCUCUUACAGGACAAGAAACAACAUUGCCUUUAAGUCCACCAAGAAAUUUGAAGUUUUCAAAUGUGGAUCACAACUCAGCCAAAAUAGCUUGGGAUCCAGCUUCCCCAAAGGUCAAAGGCUAUCGCAUUAUGUACGUUAAGACAGAUGGGACCGAAACUAAUGAGGAAGAAGUUGAUCAAGUGUCAGCACAUAUUUUGAAGAGCUUGACAUCUCUCACUGAAUAUACUGUAGCCGUUUUCUCCCUCUAUACCGAGGGUCAGUCUGAGCCACUGACGGGCAGCUUUAGCACAAAGAAAGUUCCAUCACCUGAAUUUUUGGAAAUUAUUGAAGUAUCUACUGAAAGUUUAACCGUAACCUGGAAGCCACCAUCCUCUGAUGUGGCUCUUUACCGUCUAGCAUGGAUCCCAUUGGCUGGCGAAGAAGCUGAUGAGAUCAUCUUAAGUGGAGAUGUGGACACCUAUGAAAUUGAAGGCUUGCUGCCUGAUAUGGAAUACGAGGUGUCCUUGGUGGCCCUUUUUGAUGAUGAAAGCGAAAGCGAUGUUGUUGCUGUACUUGGGAGCACACUUGAAAUACUGACUACUGAAGUUACUACUAUUACUACAGAAAGUACUACUACUACUCAGCCUACAACAGCAGUCUUUCGGACAGGAAUAAAAAAUCUCAUGGUCGAAGAUGAAACUACCUCAAGUUUGAAAGUCAAAUGGGACAUUACGGACCUCAGUGUUUCCCAGUUCAGGGUGACAUAUAUGAAGGCUGACGGUGGUCAUGGGGAGGAAACGGUUACAGUCCCUGCGAGACAAAACAAUUUGCUUCUUCAACCUUUGCUCUCAGAUACUGAAUACAAAAUUAUGGUCACCCCAAUCUAUGCUGAUGGAGAAGGAGUCAGUUUGUCAGCUCCAGGAAAAACUUUGCCUCUUUCUCCUCCACAAAAUCUGAAAGUCUCUGAUGAAUGGUAUAAUCGAUUAAGGAUUAGCUGGGAUGCGCCUCGAUCUCCCACGAUGGGGUAUAGGAUUGUAUAUAAACCUGUGAAUAUUCCUGGACCAGCACUUGAAACCUUUGUGGGUGAUGACGUCAACACCAUCCUUAUCUUGAAUUUGCUUAGUGGAACAGAGUAUAAUGUUAAAGUAUUUGCUUCUUACCCUACAGGAUUUAGUGAAGCCUUAGCAAGUGUUGCCAAAACACUGUAUUUGGGUGUGACAAACUUAGGAGCUUAUCAAACCCGAAUGACAAGCUUAUGUGCCCAAUGGCAGCCCCACAGACACGCAACUGCUUACAGAAUUGUAAUAGAAUCUCUUACUGAUGGGGCAAUUGAAGAAGAACCAUUAGGUUGGGGGGCAUCUAGGCAUUGUUUCUUUCAACUCUAUCCUGACACAAAAUACAAUAUCAGCAUUUAUUCACAAAUUCAAGAAUUAGAAGGGCCUGCCAUCAGCAUAAUAGAGGCAACACUGCCCUACCCAACUGAGCCACCACCAACUCCUUCAACCACCACUCCACAGCCUACAAUUCCUCCAGCAAAGGAAGUUUGCAAAGCUGCAAAGGCUGACCUGGUUUUUUUGGUGGAUGGAUCUUGGAGUAUUGGAGAUGCAAAUUUCAACAAAAUAAUUGGCUUUCUAUAUAGCACUGUUGGUGCUCUUGACAAGAUUGGUCCUGAUGGAACUCAGGUGGCAAUAGGCCAGUUCAGUGAUGAUACAAGGACAGAAUUUAAAUUGAAUGCCUACAGAAGCAAAGAAACUCUACUAGAUGCCAUUCAGCACAUUGCCUACAAAGGGGGAAACACCAAAACAGGCAGAGCAAUUAAACACGCACAGCAGAUCUUAUUUACUUUGGAGUCUGGGACCAGGAAGGGGAUCCCAAAAGUUUUAGUAGUGAUCACAGAUGGACGAUCUCAAGAUGAUGUGAACCAAGUUUCCAGAGAGAUGCAACUAGAUGGGUUCAGUAUAUUUGCCAUUGGAGUAGCAGAUGCUGAUUAUGCAGAACUGGUUAACAUUGGCAGCAAGCCGAGCGACAGACAUGUGUUCUUUGUGGAUGACUUUGAUGCCUUCAAGAAGAUUGAAGAUGAACUGAUCACUUUUGUCUGUGAAACAGCCUCCGCAACUUGUCCAUUGGUGUAUAAAGAUGGCAAUAGUUUAGCAGGAUUUAAAAUGAUGGAGAUGUUUGGCUUGGUUGACAAAGAGUUUGCAUCUGUGGAAGGAGUGUCUAUGGAACCUGGAACGUUUAAUGCCUACCACUGUUAUGGACUGCAUAAGGAUGCUUUGGUCUCUCAGCCAACCAAAUAUGUACAUCCAGAGGGUCUCCCGUCAGAUUACACCAUAACUUUUCUCUUCCGCAUCCUCCCUGAAACACCUCUGGAACCAUUUGCUCUGUGGGAGAUUUUAAAUGAAAGUUAUGAGCCAUUGGUCGGAGUUAUUUUGGAUAAUGACGGCAAAACCUUGACUUUCUUCAAUUAUGACUACAAAGGGGAAUUCCAGACGGUAACCUUUGAAGGGCCUGACAUAAAGAAAAUAUUUUAUGGAAGUUUCCAUAAGCUGCAUAUGGUUAUCAGCAAAACCACCGCUAAAGUAGUGAUUGAUUGCAAGGAAGUGGCUGAGAAGAUGAUCAACGCAGCAGGAAAUAUCACCUCUAAUGGGAUUGAAGUACUGGGGAGAAUGGUUCGAUCAAGAGGACCAAGAGACAGUUCUGCACCAUUCCAGCUGCAGAUGUUUGAUAUCGUUUGUUCCACUUCAUGGGCCAAUAGAGAUAAGUGCUGUGAACUUCCAGCUUUGAGAGAUGAAAAAGGCUGCCCUGCCCUUCCACAUUCUUGCUCCUGCUCUGAAGUCAACAAAGGAUCUCCUGGGCCCUCGGGGCCACCUGGAGGUCCAGGUCUCCGAGGUCCGAAAGGAAGCCGUGGUGAUGAUGGCCCAAAGGGACCUGAAGGACCUCGAGGUGAAAUUGGAUCUCCGGGCCCUCAAGGGCCUCCUGGACCACAAGGGCCAAGCGGACUUUCAAUCGAAGGACCUCCAGGACCAACCGGGGAAAAAGGAGAAAGGGGAGAAAUUGGGCGUCCGGGUCUUCAGGGUAUUCCAGGACCAACGGGGUCACCAGGACGAGAUGGAAGCCAAGGUCCAAGGGGCGUGACAGGCAAAGACGGACCAACUGGACCUCCAGGUUCCUCAGGACCAGUGGGAAUACCAGGUGCUCCAGGUGCCCCAGGAAUAAUGGGUAGUGUUGGCCCACAAGGAGAUGCUGGACCACCUGGACUUCCUGGAGUAAAAGGCGAGAAAGGUGAACGUGGAGAUCUUCAGACCCAUGCAAUGGUACGGGCAGUAGCUCGUCAGGUGUGUGAACAGCUUAUCCAAACUCAUCUGGCUAGAUACAGCUCCAUCUUAAAUCAGAUUCCGAGCAACUCAAUCUCAACACGGACUAUCCCAGGUCCCCCUGGUGAACCAGGACGGCAAGGCUUACCUGGACCACAGGGAGAGCAAGGAUCUUCAGGAAGCCCAGGUUUUCCUGGCAAUCCUGGCCAACCUGGAACACCAGGAGAAAGAGGCUCACCAGGAGAAAAAGGAGAACGAGGUAACCCAGGUAUUGGAAACCAAGGCCCCCGAGGCCCUCCAGGGCCAGCAGGACCUCCAGGUGAGAGUCGAACUGGCACUCCUGGGCCUUCAGGGUCACCUGGUCCCAGAGGAACAGCAGGCCGCACAGGUCCUCCUGGGGCACAGGGAACACCUGGACAGCCAGGAUACUGCGAUCCUUCCUCUUGUGCCGGUUAUGGAACAGAUGGUGGCUACGGGGAUCCAACAGAUCAAGACGUUCCAGUUGUGCCAUUAACCCACAACUCCUACCAACUGUAUGAUUCCGAGGAUCUUUAUGAAGAUCAGCCAGAGCCCUAUCUAGGAUCCUACGCUUAUCCUCACAUCGCACAACCAGAAUUCACACCAGUGGAUGAAGAAAUGGAGGCUGCCGGAAUAAGCCGCUUUCCGAGGAGAAUCUCCAAAAGAAGCAUCAGCUCUCCAAAACGCGACCAGCCAAUUAAAAAAACCUCACAAUGAACUGCUUUUAUAUUCUUUGUGUACGUUAGUUAAGCUAAUAUUUAGGCCUCUGUCCAGUUGACCUAAAUGUUGUCAUGGAAACUGUUUGCAAGCAUAUACAUUAAAGGAGAAAAAAAACCUAUAUUGUACAUGACCAUUUUGACAAGACAGAAAAGAGUUAAUUACAUUGCAUGCAGAAAUUAUUAACAGUAUAGCGGUUUAUGGUUAAGUGAAAACUCCAAAAGAUGUAUUUGUAGAUGUUUAUAGUUAGGCUAUGAGUAUGGUUCAGUGCACAUUUCAAAAUACUGCAAUGCCAGAUGACAAAUUUGAAUUAAAUCAAGGAGAGUUCUUCUUUUAUUCCUUGCUUUCUGAUUUUUUUGUCUAAAUUUUAAAUAUGUGCUUCCCUCAGAAUAAACCUACUAAAGCUACUACUUUAGCUACUACUAUGUCUGAGUUCUCCGAAGUUUUUUUUUAAAUUAUCCAUAUAAAGAUGUAUAUGAAGUGGGUUUUUUUCAUCCCACAGUAUUCCCAUAAAAUAAAUACCUGUUGGAAAUGCACCAAUAAUUUAUUGUGGGUCUAAUACUACUCUGUUUUCUAUACAAAUAAAGUGGCAAACUUUUAUAAAUAUUUUUUCCUAUUGUACUGAUUUUAAAAGACCAUAGUGUCAAUACAAAAUUGAAUUGUAUGUCUGAUCUUACUAACCCUCAAUUUCAAAUUUGUGAAUACUGAUUACCAGCCCAAUUAGGAAAAUCCUGCUAAUUUCAAGUGAUUUGGAUAUCCUCAUUUUUCCUGCAAGUCAAACAUCUAUUCUACCCAGCAACAUUGGAGAUCACUGCUCUAAGAACCAUAUUUGUUCAUGGUCUAUUUAUUUAUUCACUCAUUCCACAUUUUGGCAUCUAAUUCCUCACAUUUCUCUAGAAUAAGGUUAAAAAAAUGUUGCACCUGUGAGAUUAGCAUGAUACAAUUUUUCCUCAGUAUUAAUUCUUGUUUAAAAGUUGUUGGAAAGGUGUGAGAUGACCCUUUUUGAUGACACUCAAUGCCGUGAUAAAUGCAAUCUCUUAGUAUUGUUUGCCAGAAACUCUUGAAAUCUCAGCAUGCUACUGGCAGUAAUUUAACGAAAGCCUUUCUUCAGGAUAAUUCUGAUUGUCAUCCCGCAAUGUUGCUUCUGAUGAGUCAGAAAUUGUUUUGACAUGAAGCCAUUGAGUGGGCUCAGAAUUUUUGAAAGUAUUUUGAUUACAACUGAUUAUCUAAGUUAAUAUAAUAAAAAAAAAGUUUUCCUUAAAUGUUUCAAACCAAACAUCCUGAAGCAGGUUGAAGGAUAUAACUUUCACUGGACUUUAGACAAACAUUUCAUUUUGCUCGUAAGAUCUGUCUUAAUAGGCUCUUGCAACAAAAAUGGAAUUAAUAAUUUUUUACUUAAUUCAACGUAAUAAACUUUUCCUUGAAUAUUUCAUUACCUACGAAUGCAAAUAUUUGGAAGUAGCAUUGAAGGUUGUAACUCACACUGGACUCUGAACAAAACAUUUUCAUUUUGCUUGCAAGAUCUUUUCUCAACAGAAUCCAGCUUAAUAUUACACCAAUGGAUUGAGUAACUUUUAAUUUUUAGAUACUAUAGAUCUCUUUUUAAAACAUACUGUUUGGAUAAGAAUUAAUGCAAAUGUGUAAUUUAAAAUUUGAUUUUACCUUAGUUACUCUUUUAUCAGUAAUAGUCAGUAAUAUAUAAUAUAUCCAAAAACUAAAGACUAAGGAGUACUAGUAAUUUUAACAGCAAUGCAAGUGAACUUCACAAAUUAUUGGGGAUGCUGAUUAUACUGUAUGACAAUUGAGUUUUAGAAAAUUAUAGAGAAUAGUCAAUGGAGAAGGCAUUAAAUCUGGAUUACUCAAUGAAAUUCUGAAUUUUGAAAAACAGCAGUUUGCAUUUAUAAUACCUGAUACAAGCAUGGACUGGGAUCUAGUACUUCUGUAUCCAUUGAGUCUCACUUUUACAGUUUUGCAACUGAACAAUCCAUUGGUAGUCAUAACUAUGUUAUGAAAACUGUGCUAUUUCAAGAGAAGAAAAUUUUUUAUCCCUUUAAUUCCUUCUGAUGACAAUUUGCUACUAAUGCUAAUUUAAUUAUCAUUAAAUGUUUUGUUGUAUGUAGGCAUGCCAGAAAUAGUAAUGAACAUAUGGAUUGUUUCAAUCCUCCCCCCAAACUCUAGUAAUGUUUAAAUUCUGGAAAAUUAACAGAUGCUGCCAGAUGUUUCUACAAAUUACAAUCGUGAAGCAUUUAGUACAGGAUUAACAGUGAAAGUAUCUACAUUCUCAAUUCAGGCAGAGGUUUGCCAUUAUCUGUGGAUUUCUAACCAGAUGUACAAACAUCUUUUAGAGCAGGGCUGUCAAAACUCCCGGACCGCGAGCCAGAUGCAUCAUGCACUGGCCACGCCCACACCCGGUUUAGCAAAGGAGGAAAAAGUCCUGAUACGUCUCGUGAUGCCGCUGUGAUGACGUGAGUUUGACACUCCUGUUCUAGAGGGCCUACAACGGCUCUUUGGCAGUUUGAAUACUUUUGCCUCUGUGCAAAAGUCUGUGCAAAGGUAUAGGAGCUAUGUGCUUGGUUACUAUUUUGUGGCUUUCUGAAUGUGGUGCUUUUAAUAUUUUAAAUGCAUGUAUACCAUUAGAGGGGGCCAUGGUUGAUAAACUUGCUUCUAACGUUAACAAUGUUACGCACUGACAUCUAAAGUAUAGUCAGAAGGGAACACUAAAUCUCACUACUGCUCGUUUUCCUUCUGUCAGAAGGAGAUAAUCAAACAUUGUCAGCCUGUGCAUAAUUAACGAAGUGCAUUACUGUAAGAUGUAGUGAUAACCACUAACUUGGAUGAGGUGAAAAGAGAAAUCACAAAUUGUUUGGGACACAGAAAUUAUCACUGGAUCACCUGCAUUGCAUGUGGGGACUGGGUGCUGCUAACAUAAAACUAACUCAGCAGAACACUUAUCCAUAGAAUUAUUUUAUGUUGGUACAAUACAUCCCUGUGGCUACUAUAUAUUUAUUCAGCAUAUAGCGAUGUUACAUUAGCCAAUGCUAAUGCAGAGUAGCGGUUUGGCUGCCUAAGUUUGCUAGCCCUCUUUGGUUCAUGCAUGCUUUCCAAGGAGCUAGCUUUGCACCAGAAAGAAAGGUCAGCGGUUUUCUUGCAGUGGCAUCCAGGACUCUCUCCCUCCACUAAAGCUGCCUCACAAACAGAAGUUGCACCUGGGAAGGUCCGGCAUGAGCAGGAUUCUAACCGUCCAUAUGAAGCGCCGGCUCGUCUCCCCAUUGAAGUGGUACCUAUUUAUCUACUCUAACGUUGUUUUGAACUGUUAGGUGGGCAGAAGCUGAGGCCAAUGAUGGGAAUUCACCCUGCCAUGCAGUGCUAGGAUGCAAACCACCAGAGCAAAGACCAUCUCCAGGGUCAGUAAGCCACUACGCCUGUAUCCCUGUGGUCUAAAAUGGAUGACUGAAGGUGGUGAGAUUGAGGGAGGUAGUUAUCUAUUACAGCACUUAAUGCAACAGUUCGGUCUUCUGAAAGAGAAGCGCUUCUAACAUGGGAAAUUAAGGGUGCUUUCACUGGUUAGUCUAGCCUUCAGCUUGCUCAAAUAUUUUAGUUAUAAUGAAGUAAGCAUGACAUAAAACUUCAACCAAAGGACAGAAAGAUAUAUGGAGUUAAAAUAUACACAUUAUUUGCAGGAAAACACUAUUA